GUAAACAGUCGCGCGAAAACGCCUUGCUCGUCGUGACCUUAAGUCGCCAGCAGUCAAAGUCCACAAAACCAAACGGUUCAAGAAGGACAGUAACGUAACGAAUCGGGAUGCAUGUAUGCUCAGGUUGCAAUGUUGACGUCUUCAGUUUUGUGUUUUCUGGGCUGUCCAUAAAUGUACCGCAUGUCUGACUGGAGCGAAAGUAGGAUGGGUGGAGGAGUUGGCCAGUUGGUUUUGUUUUUGUUUCAUUGACAUCGGUUAUGACCUACAGCAGUCGUGUUCUGUUGGAAAUAAAACAUUGAAAACCCUAACUCUCCAUCCACCUAUCAGCAAUAACGACGCCGGAUGGUGGACCAGAAUUUCCUCAAAGCCGUCCGGAAGUCGUUUUCCAUGGCCUCGCCAAACUCCUCCCAUGUCCGAGUUUUUGCCUCAGCGACCGCCGAAGCCGCAGUCCGCUUGGCCAGCCAGUACCUGUCAGCUGCCUCCGGAGUCCCACAGGCCAAAAAGGCCCGCAUUCCAGAGCCAAUAUAAACCCGGAGUCUCUUGCCAUUCGUCCCCAUUCGGUGAGAACGCACAAUAGGGCCGGACCAUCUCCAGGGAACAAAAUGAGCUCCCCCGCCUCAGCCGGUCAACCUAUCUUCUCCAAGGGAGAGAACUGCAAAUCCUCGUGGCAUGAUGCAAACGCGGGCUACAAUGAAGCCGACACACAUUUGGAGAUUAUGGGCAAGCCCGUGAUGGAGCGUUGGGAGACCCCCUACAUGCACUCCCUGGCAACGGUGGCAGCCUCCAAAGGCGGUCGGGUUCUGGAGAUUGGUUUCGGCAUGGCCAUUGCUGCCACCAAAGUGGAGUCUUUCCCUAUUGAGGAGCACUGGAUCAUCGAGUGCAACGAUGGUGUCUUUGCCAGACUGGAGGAUUGGGCCAAGUCUCAGCCACACAAGGUUGUCCCCCUUAAGGGCCUCUGGGAGGAGGUUGUACCCACCCUGCCAGACAACCACUUUGAUGGUAUCCUGUACGACACAUACCCUCUGUCUGAGGAAACAUGGCACACUCACCAGUUUGACUUCAUUAAGGGUCAUGCUCACCGAAUGCUGAAGCCUGGCGGUGUCCUCACCUACUGCAACUUGACCUCCUGGGGCGAGCUGCUCAAGGGCAAAUAUGACAAUAUAGAGACCAUGUUUCAGGAGUCCCAGGUGCCUCAUCUGCUUCAAGCCGGCUUCAAGAAAGCAAAGAUAAGCACAACCACCAUGGACAUUGUACCUCCCACUGAGUGCAAAUACUACUCGUUCCAUAAGAUGAUCACCCCCACCAUUAUCAAAGAGUAAAGUGCGAAACACUGCUUUGACUUUUUUACACCACUAUGUGCCUUCCCUAACCUUCUUUGUCCAUGCUUGCCUUCUUUCAAUAAACCAAGUCCA